AAACCCCUUGUUUAAAAUCGGUCAUAAACGGAGAUUGGAAGAAGAUGAUAUGUAUUCGGUGCUUCCGGAAGAUCGCUCAAAGCACCUUGGAGAAGAGCUGCAAGGGUACUGGGAUAAAGAAGUUUUAAGAGCCGAGAAAGACGCGCAGAAGCCUUCUUUAACAAAAGCAAUCAUUAAGUGUUACUGGAAAUCUUAUUUAGUUUUGGGAAUUUUUACAUUAAUUGAGGAAAGCAUCAAAGUAAUUCAGCCCAUAUUUUUGGGAAAAAUUAUUAAUUAUUUUGAAAAUUAUGAUCCCACCGAUUCUGCAGCUUUGCACACAGCUUACGCCUAUGCCUCGGUGAUGACCCUGUGCACGCUGUUCCUGGCCAUACUGCACCACUUGUAUUUUUAUCACGUACAGUGUGCUGGGAUGAGGCUGAGAGUAGCCAUGUGCCACAUGAUAUAUCGGAAGGCACUUCGUCUUAGUAACAUGGCCAUGGGGAAGACAACCACAGGCCAGAUAGUUAACCUGCUGUCCAAUGAUGUGAACAAGUUUGAUCAGGUAACUAUCUUUUUACACUUUCUGUGGGCAGGACCACUGCAAGCUAUUGCAGUGACUGUCCUUCUCUGGAUGGAAAUAGGGAUAUCGUGUCUUGCCGGCAUGGUAGUUCUGAUUAUUCUUCUGCCUUUGCAAAGCUGCUUCGGGAAGUUGUUUUCGUCAUUGCGGAGUAAAACUGCAGCUUUCACAGACAUCAGGAUCAGGACGAUGAAUGAAGUUAUAACUGGCAUAAGAAUAAUAAAAAUGUACGCUUGGGAAAAGUCAUUUGCAGAACUCAUUACCAGUUUGAGAAGGAAGGAAAUUUCCAAGGUUCUGAGAAGUUCCUACCUUAGAGGGUUGAAUUUGGCAUCAUUUUUUGUUGCAAGCAAAAUCAUUGUGUUUGUGACCUUCACCACCUAUGUGCUCCUUGGCAACAUGAUGACAGCCAGCCAUGUGUUUGUGGCAAUGACACUGUAUGGGGCUGUGCGGUUGACAGUCACCCUCUUCUUCCCCUCAGCCAUUGAGAGGGUGUCAGAGGCAAUCGUCAGCAUCCAAAGAAUCAAGAACUUCCUGUUACUUGAUGAGAUAUCACAGCGCCACCGUCACCGGCCGUCGGAUGGUAAAAUGAUAGUGCACGUGCAAGAUUUUACUGCUUCUUGGGAUAAGGCAUCCGAAACCCCAACCCUGCAAGGCCUUUCCUUCACUGUCAGGCCUGGUGAAUUGUUAGCUGUGGUCGGCCCUGUGGGAGCAGGAAAGUCAUCGCUGUUAAGUGCUGUGCUCGGGGAACUGCCCCCGAGUCAGGGGCUGGUCAGCGUGCAUGGAAGAAUCGCCUAUGUUUCUCAGCAGCCCUGGGUGUUUUCAGGAACUGUGAGGAGCAAUAUUUUAUUUGGGAAGAAAUAUGAAAAGGAACGAUAUGAAAAAGUAAUAAAGGCUUGUGCUUUGAGAAAGGAUUUACAGCUUUUGGAGGAUGGGGAUCUGACUGUGAUAGGAGACCGGGGAACCACGCUGAGUGGGGGGCAGAAAGCACGGGUCAACCUCGCAAGAGCAGUGUAUCAGGACGCCGACAUCUACCUCCUGGACGACCCUCUCAGUGCUGUGGAUGCAGAAGUCAGUAGGCACCUGUUCGAGCUGUGUAUUUGUCAAACCUUGCAUGAGAAGACCACAAUUUUAGUGACUCAUCAAUUGCAGUACCUCAAAGCUGCGAGUCAGAUUCUGAUAUUGAAAGAUGGUGAAAUGGUACAGAAAGGCACUUACACUGAAUUUCUGAAAUCCGGGGUAGAUUUUGGUUCCCUUCUGAAGAAGGAAAAUGAGGAAGCUGAACAAUCUGCGGUUCCAGGAACUCCCACACUGAGGAAUCGUACCUUCUCGGAGUCUUCGGUUUGGUCUGAACAGUCGUCUAGACCCUCACUGAAAGACGGCGUUCCAGAAGGCCGGGAUACUGAAAACGUACAGGCAACACUAUCAGGGGAGAGCCGUUCUGAAGGAAAAGUUGGUUUUAAGGCCUAUAGGAAUUACUUCAGAGCCGGUGCUCACUGGUUUAUGAUCAUUUUCCUUCUUCUGCUAAACAUUGCAGCACAGGUUGUCUAUGUUCUUCAGGACUGGUGGCUUUCAUACUGGGCAAACAAACAAAGUGCACUGAAUGUCACUGUAAAUGGAAAAGAAAAUGGAACUGAGAAGCUAGAUCUUCCCUGGUAUUUAGGAAUUUAUUCAGGUUUAACUGUAGCUUCCGUCCUUUUCGGCGUAGUGAGAUGUCUGUUGGUAUUCUACGUCCUUGUUAAUUCUUCGCAAACUUUGCACAACAAAAUGUUUGAGUCAAUUCUGAAAGCUCCAGUAUUGUUCUUUGACAGAAAUCCAAUAGGAAGAAUUUUAAAUCGUUUCUCCAAAGACAUUGGACAUAUGGAUGACUUGUUGCCCCUGACAUUUCUAGAUUUCAUCCAGACAGUUCUGCAAGUGUUCGGUGUGAUUGCCGUGGCGGUGGCAGUGAUUCCUUGGAUCGCCAUACCCUUGGUUCCCCUUGGCGUCAUUUUCUUUGUUCUUCGGCGGUACUUCUUAGAAACGUCGAGAGAUGUCAAACGCCUGGAAUCUGCAACGCGGAGUCCUGUAUUUUCCCACUUAUCGUCUUCUCUCCAGGGGCUCUGGACCAUCCGGGCGUACAGAGCUGAAGAGAGGUUUCAGGAGCUGUUCGAUGCACACCAGGAUUUACACUCAGAGGCGUGGUUCUUGUUCCUGACGACGUCGCGAUGGUUCGCUGUGCGCCUGGAUGCCAUCUGUGCCAUCUUUGUCAUUGUUGUUACCUUUGGGUCCCUGAUUCUGGCAAAAACUUUGGAUGCUGGGCAGGUUGGCUUGGCCUUGUCCUACGCCCUCACGCUCAUGGGCAUGUUCCAGUGGUGCAUUAGACAGAGUGCCGAAGUGGAGAAUAUGAUGAUUUCAGUAGAAAGGGUGAUGGAAUACACAGACCUGGAGAAAGAAGCACCUUGGGAAUACCAGAAACGCCCGCCACCCACCUGGCCCCAGGAAGGAGUGAUUGUCUUCGAUAAUGUUAACUUCAUGUACAGUUUAGAUGGACCACUGGUAUUGAAGCACCUGACAGCACUCAUUAAAUCAAGGGAAAAGGUUGGCAUUGUGGGAAGAACAGGAGCUGGAAAAAGUUCCCUCAUUGCAGCCCUUUUUAGAUUGUCAGAACCUGAAGGUAAAAUUUGGGUUGAUAAGAUCUUGACAACUGAAAUUGGACUUCACGAUUUAAGGAAGAAAAUGUCAAUCAUACCUCAGGAACCUGUUUUGUUCACUGGAACAAUGAGGAAAAACCUGGAUCCCUUUAAUGAGCACACGGAUGAGGAACUGUGGAAUGCCUUAAGUGAGGUAAUUUUUAAAAUGCAAUUAUCUUUGUUAGCAUCGGAAGGCGUGGCCCCGCCCCUAGCCCGCCCACCCACGCGGCACUGGCUGGGGGAGUUGAGCCGGUGCAGGUUGCUCUCGAGUGGAAGACGCUGGUGUGUGAGACGCGAGGAGCCCUUGCUGGUCGCCGGGCACGACUCCCACGCGGACCUUCCGCCCUGGGCGCCAGAGACCAAGAGCGACCGCCCAGGUCCAG